GCUAAUGAUACUUAAAAAAGCAACCCCAAUGCCCCAGCUGGAUUACUGAGCACUUCGGAGAUACCUGGAGGUGCUGCUGUGGAGAUAAGGAAUUGUCCUUAGUACUUGGCCUCUCAUCCCAGAAGCAUCCCCUUGGGGACUGUAUGCAAGUCCUUGACAUUCUGGAAACAAUGGGGAUUGGUAAGAAUACCACUUCAAAAUCAGUGGAGGCAGGAGGCUCAACAGAAGGCAAAUAUGAGGAUGAAACUAAACAUCCCACCUUUUUCACCCUGCCUGUGGUGAUAAAUGGUGGAGCAACAUCCAGUGGUGACCAGGAUACAGAAGACACGGAGCUGAUGGCCAUCUAUACUACAGAAAAUGGCAUAGCAGAAAAGAGCUCUUUGGCAGAGACACUGGACAGCAGCGGCAGUUUAGAUGCCCAGAGAACUGACAUGAUUUACACCAUCGAAGACGUCCCUCCCUGGUAUCUCUGCAUAUUUUUGGGAUUACAGCAUUACUUGACAUGCUUCAGUGGAACUAUAGCAGUGCCCUUUCUGCUAGCUGAUGCCAUGUGUGUUGGAUUUGACCAGUGGGCUACCAGCCAGUUAAUUGGGACCAUUUUCUUCUGCGUGGGCAUCACUACAUUGCUACAAACAACUUUUGGGUGCAGGUUACCCUUGUUUCAAGCGAGUGCUUUUGCAUUCUUAGCACCUGCUAGAGCAAUACUCUCCCUGGAGAAGUGGAAGUGUAAUAACACAGGUAAUUUUACAAAUGGAACAACAGAACUGCUUCACACUGAGCACAUCUGGUAUCCCAGAAUACGAGAGAUCCAAGGUGCUAUUAUCAUGUCCUCCUUGAUAGAAGUGGUGAUCGGUUUGCUCGGCCUUCCCGGUGCGCUGUUGCGAUACAUUGGGCCUCUGACCAUCACACCCACCGUGGCUCUCAUCGGCCUCUCUGGUUUCCAAGCUGCUGGAGAAAGAGCAGGCAAACACUGGGGUAUCGCUAUGUUGACUAUUUUCCUCGUGUUGUUGUUUUCUCAAUAUGCCAGAAAUGUCAAGUUCCCUUUACCCAUUUACAAAUCCAAGAAAGGAUGGACAGCAUACAGGCUGCAGCUCUUCAAGAUGUUCCCUAUUAUUUUAGCUAUUUUGGUGUCGUGGUUGCUUUGCUUCAUCUUCACUGUGACAGACGUCUUUCCCCCUGACAGCUCCAAGUACGGCUUCUAUGCUCGCACAGACGCACGACGGGGAGUGCUGUUGGUAGCUCCGUGGUUCAAGGUUCCUUAUCCUU